AAAGUGAUCAUGGGCGCCAUUUAUCGUGGGCUCUAUCCGAAAAGUAAUCAUCAUGGGCUCUAUUCAAUAUGGGCGUUAUUUGACUGAUAGCAAGUAUCGUGGACUCCAUCUAUCAUGGACUCCAUGUGAAAGUUGGUCGCCAUCAUGGGCUAUUCAUGGUGGGUGCUAUUCAUCAUGGGCGCCAUCCAUCAUGGGCGCCAUCCAUCAUGGGCGCCAUCCAUCAUGAGCUCCAUCCGAAAGUUUGUAAGCAUCAUAGGCGUUAUUCAUGAUGGGCGCCAUUGUCAAGGACACUAUUUGAGACUAACAGACAGACAGGGAGCUCAUGAGAUGUAUUAUUCCUUCACAUCUAGACUCAAACAACGAUCUACAGCUCAUCAUGCUCUAGAAUAUGUGGGUAUAUUAUUUACACACUUCACUUGCAUCCAUUCUGCAAAUCUGAAAAACUCCGCAACCCCGCUCUAUUCCCUAGGUACGCGUAUGUCCUGUUAAUGUACAAUAUAGAAUCUCGUUAUUUACACCCCGUUCAUGCGCCCGUAUAGCCUAUGGUUUCGCGGUCGUCGUCUACUAGUCUGCCGUAUCUGUU